UCGGAAGGAGGAGCGUCCGUCGUCCGCAACAUGCGCUAACGCGCUAGGUCGCGGCUUGCUUCGUUCUUCCGCCUCCCGUCCGCACGUGUGCUUCUCUCGCCGCUCAUAUUUCGCGCUGCCUUGGCGUUUUUUGCGAGGAAAGCUUCAUGAGACAACAGCCAAGCAACAGCUGCCGCGGUAUACGAGUGCAGUAGCGCAUCGCAAACAGUGAAGUUUCUUUCCGGUGCUACUAUUAAAGGCAGGUUUCUAGCCCACAUUUGCAAUGGGUAUUGGAUCCGAAGAGCCAAAGUCCACGACUCCACGUGCAUUCCACCAUUUGAACGGAGGUCUCCUGUUCGCUAAGGCGAACUUCUUCUUCCUUUACGGAGCAUCUGCUAUAAUCCUUCCUGCCCUCUCAGUCUACGGGCACGAACUGGGACUCAAUGCCGCCUCCGUGGGCGUGGUGUUGACUGUGGUUCCUUUCAUUGUGUUCCUUGUUCGACCACUCGUGGCAGGCAUCUCAGACAGACUGCAGAAGAUUACGCCAGUGCUUGUCUCUAUCAUUGUGUUGGAAGCCGUUUCCCUUUUGCUCAUCAGUUCGGUGCCUUCUUUGAAAACUUCCAGUGAGCAAGAUACCGGACUGAGUUUACAGCUGAACUUAACUACCUCAAACGCCACAGGUUCGCUGUUGGGAAUUGAGAGUGAAUUCUGCAUGGCCGACCACUUUAGGAACUCAAGUGUGCACUGUUUCCUUACAUGCCCUUGCCAGAGAGGCAACCACACUUCACGUGAUAAUGUAAGUGAGCCGUGUAUACUCCAUCGCAGCGUAGGUUUACAGCCUGUUCCUGCAAAACUGCCCAGUGAGUUUUAUCUAGUCAACAACGAAAGUGAGUCACUGCAGAGUGCAGGUUUCGGCCUCGAGGAAACCGUGGUGACGUGUAGUGCAAACUGUUCGGUGGAUCUCUCAUCGUGCCUAGAGAAAGCUGCAGACUCUGCCACCGCCUCUGAAGACAUGCACUCGUUGCAGUUCUGGCUCUUUCUUCUGCUAACAUGUCUGAUCCGUAUCGCCAUCUCAAGUGCUUUCUCACUGUCUGACACUGCCUGCUUCCAGCAGCUCGGCGACAGACCGCAGGACUAUGGCCUACAGAGGCUCUGGGGUACCAUCGGCUGGGGCAUCAUGGCACCCCUGAGUGGAUUGUUAAUUGACUUUGUCAAUGCUCGGCUUGGCUACAAAAGCUUUGUGCCCGGCUUUUACAUGGCGGUAGGGCUGAUGGCAAUACAGUGCAUCAUUGGCUUCAAUUGGUGGCUGGGGCCUUCCAAGUCCAACCAGAGCAUCCUCCGUAAUGUCGGUGGCCUGCUGAGAAAGCCGAGGCACCUGUGCUUCCUACUGGACAUCUUUGUGGUGGGAAGUUGCAGCAGCAUCCACUGGUACUACAUCUACUGGUACCUCACAGACUUGCACGCCAGCAAGCUGCUCAUGGGGCUCACCUUAGCGACGCAAAGCUUCUUGGGGGACCUUCCGUUCAUGUUCCUCUCAGGCUGGCUCAUAAGCAAGCUGAAACACAUCAAUGUGGUGCGGCUGGCCUUCCUGGGCUUCUUCCUGAAGUUCCUGGGCUACUCAUUCUUGCGCGACCCAUGGUGGGCCAUUGCCAUUGAGCUACUGCAAGGCCCCACGUAUGGCUCAUUCUACGUGGCUAUGACCUCUUACGCACGCAGCAUAUCUGUGCCCGGUACAGAGGCCACCUUCCUCAGCAUUAUCCAGGGGGUCUUCGACUGCUUGGGCAUAGCAGCUGGAUCUUGUUUGGGCGGACUGGGUUUAAGCUACUUUGGUGCCAGAAAGACCUACUUCAUUGCAAGUUUUGUGCCUCUGGUGUGGCUGGUGCUGACAGUUCUGAUUGGUCAGCUCAUCACACGCUGUAGCAGCAGUGAGCAGGACAAGGUGGUUGUUGAAGCGGCCCUGGAAUCUGCCCAGCCUUUUAUGUCUAGCAAAAGCAACAGAAAAGACCACUCGGAUCAGCAGGCUGUAGAAAAGCUUUGAACAAGGCAGCGGUGCAAUAGCUUGAAAGAGCAAGCUGCUGGAUCUCGCAUGGUGUGCUGGUACCACGAGGGUGUCACACUGUUUACACCGUUCCACAUUGCAAAAUGUGUCGUGCCAAGCCCAGCUUCAAGCGAGGCUUUCACUGUCUGUUUUCAAUUCCAUUGCUUGUUGUGUAUAUGUCCACAACACAGGAAGCCAGUGACUCAACGUUGGCCUACUAAAGCAGCAUAUUGCUGCUGCAACCACAUGCUGAAAUGUUUCUUAAUAGUCAUGAAUAAUGCUUUAUAUGUUACAAAGAUAUAUAAUUUUUUUUCUUUAUAACCCAUGCCGAGAAGUCAUGUUUCCUUUGUUCCACUGAUGGAAGUGUUGCUGUUAAAGGGACGCUAAAGGAAAAUAUUAAGUUGAGUUAAUUCAAUAGCUUCUCAGUCUGUUUUAUAGUUUUCUGUGUGAUGUUACAAUUGGCGUGCAACACCCCGGGCAAAAAGGAUGCUCAAAGACCAUGCCUAAUCGAAACGGAGGAUGGAUCCCUAAUUUGCUGUGGUUGUCUCGAGUAGUUGCCGGUCUGGCAGGCGCUUCGCAGUGAUAACAAGCCCCUUUGUGUGUGUGCGACUCUAGGGGAGAACCCUUUUCACGAACUGUGCGACUCUAGGAGAGCACCCUUUCCGCCAACUGUCCGACUCUAGGGGAAACCCUUUCCACGAACCAAACAGGACCCGCGGGUUGCCACCAGAGGAGGCUAGCAUGUGCAACGUUGCCUAGGAGAAAGGAUCAGCCGCCCAUCCCCCACCAGACUCGGUGCAUGUCACGUGGCAUUGACGUGAGCAAGAUCCUGCCUACGGUUUUAGUGGGCCUAUUUAAGCUGCCCUGCAAUGUAUUUUUCAUUAAUUCUCUUCGUCUAUAUCCUUCACCAACCACUGAAUAAGCAGUGCAAGUUUUGCACUAGAAAUCUUUUCGUCCCUGCCUGGUUGCCAUGGUCUACCAGACGCUUGCAGCCUGCCGACAAUGCCACGCUAGCCAAUAGUAACGCCAGUCGAGGUUCAAGAAACAGGUGUCGCAACAGUACCGAUACACGACUUAGUUGCAUAGAAAAUUUUCACUGAGUGCCCUGCUGCUGCUUCUCAGUUAGGAUCGCCCAAACCAAUACUGAGGCUUUGACAUCAUCUGCACGACACCAUCUCUGCUGCUAUCUGCAAAUCAGCUACUCCUAUCUCAACUCGCAUUGGCAGCAUUUCACGAACCACCCACCUCCCGCCUCAGUCCCAUCUUCCAGCUAGUGGGAUUUGGCAGUUUCCUGGUACCUUGACGUCUUACCACACAUCACGUGAAAGAAGUACCAUACUCCACAAGAGGCUGUGCCACUCUGAUUUUGCACUUUUGUCAGUUUUUCACUUACAACAGCUCUGUUCUCACUAGAAGUUAUGAAUUCUUUUAUACAGAAGCUCAAAAAUUCAGUCUAGUUCGACUUAAUAUCUUCCUUGAGUGUCCCUUUAAGUAAGCAGUUUAAAAGCUUCAUGUGCUCUAUCCACUAAGGUGGAGUGGAUGUCAACUGUAUGCCACAAAAUGCCUUCUGCAACGAGAUGUACUGAGUGCCAGUAACAAAUUGAAUUAUAUGACCACAUUGCUAAGUAUACCUAGCAUUGAACAAAUUGCACAUUUCAUUUUGUGAAACACUGGUGUGCCCAAUGAGAGCAAGUGAAACAUUUUGGGUUAUGAAAUUUGUGUUCCUCAGAGAUGCUGUGUAAUGCUGAGGUGCAAUACGACUUGAUGCUCCUACAUUAACAAUGAUACAAUGGUGUUGAUUUGCUGUUAACUGCCCCUCAAAGCCAAUGCACCUUAUUUGCAAGCACAUAACAUGAACAUGCAUUAUAAAGAAAGCGGGAACUUUUGAUGAACUGGAAAAUGUGAAAACUAUAAAUAUUUAAAUUGUAAUGGGAAUCAUCGUUGCAUAAGAGUUGUGUUUGUGUUGUCCAGUAAUGUCCAAUUUUUUAACGCAGGUCCCGAGUACAACCAGAACUCAUUAUAAUGAUAUCGCAUCUGACGCGAAAACAUUUGUUACAUUCUAUAUUCAUCUGAUGCCAUAUAUUCGUAUAUUUGUUGCUUGCUUGAUGCUGCUGAGAAUUGUUGGACUUACUUGUUAUACCCUAUAAUUAUACCUGUGUUUGUUAUAUAAAGGUUCAAAUUUCCAAGAAGAUGCAAAUUCUGAGCAUGACUGUACACGGGCUUGAAAUAGAGCAAUGCACAGUGCAAAAUCAAGUACAACAGUACUUGUUUAAGCAGGACCACCUCUGUAUGUGCACUGGGCUCAUGCACAUCAUGUGAUUGUUUAGCUUAUCAUGAUUAUUGUGAUCAUCAUGGCUAAGCUACAAUGUUCUAACAAGACUGUGACACACUGCUCCAGGGAUCAGAUGCAUUCACUUGUCAAGCAAAUUGCAUCUGCAAAGACAAGACCGUGUGGGCCCAAGUCAGUGUUGUGUAUAAGGUCACUGAAUUGCUUUGCAGUAUUUCCCACUUUUCCUGUUGCACAUCCACUUCUUUGCAAUCGCCUCUCCAACCAAGCAUGUGUUUGCACUUUUGUUAAAUAUCAGCAGGUUGGCUUCUACACAAAGUUCAGUCACAUUGGUGGCUAGGCUGGCUCCAUGGAAGUUGCAUGUUUGAAUAUACCAUAUGCACACGCACACCUGCACACAGUCUGUACACCAUUUCCUUCUACGUCAACACAGAUGAGUGAUGAAAUAGAAAACUGCUAGCCAUCUUCCAAGUUUAUCUGUAAAAUGGUUAAUAACACCUGACACACAGAGCAGAGCAGUUGCAUUUAACCGCAUUUCAUUAAAUAAGCUGACUUUCACCGA